CUUCAAAGCGAUAAAGAGUUAAGACAUUAGACGACAUGCCAGUCCAAGUAAGCUCACAGAUCCCUUUAAUGGCUGUAAAAAAACUCACCGAAAUGGUGAAACCUUCAAAACACAUACCUCCACAAACUCUUUCCCUUUCAACACUUGACAAUGAUCCAGACAAUGAGGUCAUGUACAAGGUCUGUUACGUUUUCAGAGCAAAUAAAGCUUUUAAUGGUGAUGUUGACCGGCCGGAGUCUUUGCUUAGGGAGGCUUUGUCCGAUCUUCUUGUGUAUUACUAUCCACUUGCAGGGAGUUUGAAGCGGCGGGAGAGUGAUCAGAAGCUUCAGUUGAGUUAUGGAGGAGAUGAAGUAGGUGUGGCUUUCACGGUGGCUACUACAAAUGUGGAACUGUCUUCAUUGAAGUAUUUAGACAACAUUGACUCAGACACGGCUUUAGAGUUCUUGCCAGAGAUCCAAGUGGAGGAUGGUUAUCGACCUUUUGCUUUGCAGGUGACCAAAUUUGGCUGUGGAGGAUUCAUAUUAGGUUUAGCGGCGUCGCAUGCAAUGUGCGAUGGAUAUGGACUUGGUCAUAUCAUGUGUGCCUUAACAGAGUUGGCUGGUGGAAAAAAGAAGCUGACAGUGACACCAGUUUGGGAAAGGGAAAGACUUGUGGGGGAGCCUGUCGUCGAUGAUCAACGUCCAUUAGUUCCACGGGGAGACACAGCUGCGUCGCCCUACUUACCUACCGAUGAUUGGGUAACUGAGAAAAUAAAUAUUAAAGCGGAGAGCAUAAGAAGGUUGAAAGAAGCUACAUUGAACGAAUAUGACUUCUCUAGUGAGCCACUCACAACUUUUGAAGUUAUAAGUGCUUAUCUAUGGAAGUCAAGAGUUAAAGCUCUUGAUUUGGAUCGAGAUGGAGUCACUGUUUUGGGUUUAAGUGUAGGAAUUCGAAACGUCGUGGAUCCACCUUUGCCCGACGGAUACUAUGGCAAUGCAUAUAUUGAUAUGUAUGUGCCACUAACCACAAGAGAAGUGGAAGAAUCGACGGUUUCAGAUAUCGUAAAGCUCAUAAAAGAAGCGAAGAGAAAGGCUCAACAUAAAGAUUAUCUCCAAGAAGAGCUUGUAAACACUGAAAAGAUUAUUAAGAUGAAUCUAACGAUCAAGGGAAAAAAAGAUGGGUUGUUUUGUUUGACGGAUUGGCGGAAUAUAGGGAUCUUUGGAUCGAUGGAUUUUGGGUGGGAUGAGCCGGUUAAUGUCGUCCCGGUCGUCCCAUCCGAGACAGCUAGGAUGGUUAAUAUGUUCAUGCGACCAUCUAGGUUGGAACCAGAUAUGGUCGGAGGGGUUCAGAUUGUGGUUACAUUGCCAAGAGUUGCAAUGGUCAAGUUUAAGGAAGAGAUAAAAGCUUUAGAGUAAAGCUAGCUUUAUCUUCUUUUGUUUUGGGAAAUCACAAAAGAAUAAAUUAAUAAAUAAAAAGAGGAUAUCUAAUGUUA